AUGUCUUCCGGCUUCGUCUCAGCAGGCACAAACGAAGAACCGGUAGAACGCGAUGAUGACUGGCAACGUGUCCAACGAGAACUCGAAGAGGAACGAAAGCGCAAAGCGGACCUGAGCAAGCAAGAUGGCGGGAAGAGUCUCUACGAUGUCUUGCAGCAGAACAAGAUGGCCAAGCAGGAAGCCUUCGAAGAGAAGAUAAAAUUGAAAAACCAGUUCCGGUCACUUGAUGAAGACGAAGUUGAUUUUUUAGACUCGAUUAUGGAAUCUACACGGGCCCAAGAAGCGGCUGUGAAGAAGGACACGGCGGAACAGCUGGAGGUAUUCCGGAAGCAGCGGGAGGAAGCUGAGAAAGCCCUCCUAGAAGACGGCUCUGCCAAUGUCGUUCCAGCUGCUGAAGGAGAGGACUGGAAGAUCCCGGGGCGGAAGCGGCGACGGGAGAAGAAAAAGGACUCUCUGAUUCCGGGUAAAAAGCGCAAGUCGACCGCUGAGGGUACUAGUGAAGACUCUCCACAAACUGAGAAGAAAGCGGAAGGAAGCCAACCCGCCAUAAAGGAAGAGCAAAACACAGAACGAGUAUCUGCGAAAAGUGGCCCAGCUGCGCCUCAAAAAGAGCCGCAAUUGUCACCAGGCUCUAACAAACCUGGAAAGCCCGCAGAAGGCACGAAGGCAACAAAUUCGAAGCCACCAGAAACCCCAAAACCAGCAGCAUCUCUUGGCUUGGCUGACUACGGUUCUGAUUCAGAAUAA